AUGGCAGCUGAUAAAGAUGAGAAAAAGUCUGAGUUGGAGCUAUGUGAAGAAUUAAUGGACAAAGAAGAAAGUCAGAGUUUAAUUGAUAAUAUUGUGAAGAAAAAUAUGGAGCUGGAGGAGGAGAUCCAAAAACUCAAAGAUGAGAUACGAAUGAAAAGUACAGGCUGGCAGAUUAAAGAAGAUAUUCCUGAAACAAAGAUGAAAUUCAUAUCCAUAGAGAAUCCAGAGAAUGACAGCCAGUUUUCAAAUAUCUCCUCUUCAUUUCAAGUGAACUUACCUGUUCCUUAUGAAUUAAAAAAAGGACAGGCACUCAUCACCUUUGAAAAAGAAGAAGUUGCCCAAAGUGUGAUAAGAAUGAGAAAACAUCAAGUGCAGAUCGAGAAUAAAGUUGUGGAGGUUGUGGCCCAGGCUGUUCCAUUAACCUCAGGAGCUCGAUUUCAGAUUAACGUACAAGUUUCCAAAAUGAAGAUCCACGUCACUGGGAUUCCUGCUGGAUUUCCUGCAGAUCAGAUGAGAGACAAAUUAGAAUUGAGCUUUUGUAAAAGUCGAAAUGGCGGUGGAGAGGUGGAGUGCGUGGAGUACGAUAACCAGUCCUGCAGUGCAGUCAUCACAUUCGUGGAGAUUGGAGUUGCUGACAAAAUUUUGAAAAAGAAAGACUAUCCUCUUUAUAUCAAUGAAAAAUGCUUUACAGUUACUGUUUCUCCAUACGUAGAAAAACACUUGGAAAAAUACCAGGUAUUUUCGGGAAUAUCAAUGAAGACUGUGCUCCUGACUGGAAUGGAGGAUGUUCAGGUGGAUGAAGAAACUGUAACAGAUUCAAUUUACAUUCAUUUCCAACGGGUGAAGAAUGGUGGUGGGGAAGUGGAUGUUGUAAAAUGUUGCCUAAGUCAACCUCAAAUAGCAUAUUUUGAAGACGAGACUUCUGGACUUCUGAAAACAAAAGCUUCUGAUUAA